AUGGCGGGGCGCGGCCGGGGCUGGCCGCGGGAGCAGCUCAACGGGCUGCAGGCGCGGGCCGGGGGCGGCGCGUCUCCUUACCAGCGGUUGGGCCAACGCAUGCAGGAUAUUACUGGUGAUCGAGGGGUGUUAAAGGAGGUUAUCCGUGCUGGCGCUGGAGAAAUUGUGCCCCAGGAUGCUUCUGUGUUAGUGAAAUAUUCUGGGUACCUGGAAUACGUGGAUAAGCCCUUUGACACAAACUGGUACAGGAGGAAUCCUAGGCUGAUGAAACUUGGAGAAGAGAUCACACUUCAGGGCAUGGAGGUUGGCCUACUGACCAUGAAGAAAGGAGAGUCGUCAAGAUUUCUCUUCACACCAAGUUAUGCCUAUGGGGCAUUGGGCUGUCCUCCUUUGAUUCCCCCUAAUGCCACAGUCUUGUUUGAGAUGGAGCUUCUGGACUUUCUAGACUCGGCUGAAUGUGACAAAUUCUUUGUUUUGACGACUGAGCAGCAGGAUACGUUCCCACUACAGCAGGUGCUGAAAGUGGCAAACACAGAGAGGGAGUUUGGCAAUUACCUCUUCCGCCAGAAGCACUUCAUGGAUGCCAGAAAGAGAUACAAGCGGGCCUCUUUGAUCCUGUGUCGCAGGCCUUCCAGUGGGGAUGAGCAGUGCCAGAUUGAUGCUGCCAAACUGCUUGUGUUCCUGAAUCUAUCAUUUACUUACCUGAAGCUGGAGCGUCCUGUCCGAGCUCUGACAUAUGGAGAAAAGGCGCUGGAGAUCGACGAGAGAAAUGCCAAAGCGUUAUUCAGGUGUGGCCAGGCUUGUCUCUCUCUGACAGAAUAUGAAAAAGCUCGGGAUUUCCUUGUCAGAGCUCAAAAAGAACAGCCCUUUAACCACGAUAUUAACAAUGAGCUGAAAAAGCUGGCCAGCUGUUACAGGGACUACAUGGAUAAGGAGAAGGAAAUGUGCUGCCGAAUGUUUGCUCCUCUCAGCUUUUCUCCUGUGGAACCAGAAAUAAAGAAUCCUCUGCAGAUGAAAGGAACGGUUCCAUAACUGGGAGGAAGCUACCUCUAGCCCGCAAACAUUGCAUCCGUGUUUUGGGAGGAAGGGAGAAGGAACGUUGUUUCAUUGGAGAGCUCAGAAUUGAGGAGGCUGCAAGCCUGUUCUCAGUUUUAUAUGUACAACAUGUCUUUCCGGAUAUUAAUUCCUGUUUGUGAAAUCUUGAGUCUGUCUUUGAAAAUAAGCUUAAACUCUGCUGUAGAAAAGGAGAGACUGCCCCUUGGGCUUUACUCUCUCAUUUUAACGGAGCCCUGGAUUAUUCACAGAAGCUGAUUGAAGCAGGCUUUAUUUUGAACCAGACUUUUUCUCAGUCUUCUCCGACCUCUUCCAAGUUUUGGGCUGCACAGAGGAAAUAUGUAAAUAAAAGUAGGAUGCCAUGGAAUUUGUAUUUACGCAGAUUGU